AUGACUAGUAGUGAAAAAAUGACAACAGCAAACACAUCUGCUGAUAUGAAAUGCAUUGUUGUACAACAAACAUUUACUGGAAAACGUGAACUGAAAGUAACAACAACACCGAAACCGCCAGCACCUGGCGACGGAGAAAUUCUCAUUGGUGUUAAAGCAUGUGGUAUUAAUUUCAACGAUGUCCUUGUACGUUAUGGACUUCUGGAAGAUUCUCCUCGACCUUCGUUUAUUCCCGGUUUUGAAUGUAGUGGCGAAGUUCUCGAUAUUGGUCCAAAUGUCACGCAUGUUGAUCAAGGUGAUCGUGUCGUUGUCUUAACACGAUUUUCUGCAUGGGCUGAACAGAUAGUGGUUAAAAAAGAUUUAGUAUUUAAAAUUCCUAAAGAAAUGUCUUUUCGUGAAGCAGCUGUACUUCCUGUAUCUUAUCUUACGGCGUAUAUACUAUUAUUCGAGAUUGGUAAUAUUAAAUCAGGUCAAACAUUAUUAUUUCAUUCAGCAGGUGGUGGUGUUGGUGUUGCCUUGACACAACUAUCUAAACUUGUGCCUAAUUUAACUUUAAUGGCAACAGCUAGUUCCGCUAAAUUCGAUGUUCUACGAGCACAUAUUCAUUAUUUAUUUGAACACGAUAUGGAUUAUACUGAAGAUAUAAAAAAAAUAGCACCGGAAGGUAUCGAUCUUGUGCUUGAUUGUAUGGCUGGUGAUGAUUGUGAACGUGGAUUAGCUCUACUGAAAUUCAAUGGCAAAUAUGUCAUGUAUGGUACAUCGAGUUUACUCAGCUGGGAUGUUAAAAACUUAUUUGGUAUAACGAAAGGAAUGACGAAUUGGUGGCAAAACGAUAAAGUAAGUUGCUUACGCUUAUUUCAAGAUAGCAAAUCAAUCCAUGGCUUCAAUCUGGUUCAAUUACUUUCCCGUGGUUCGAACGAAACACGCCGAUAUUUAGGCGACAUAAUGCAUAAAGUUUUCAUACUCUACAAAGAAGGAAAGAUCAAACCUGUGGUCGAUUCUGUAUUUACGUUCGACGAAGUCAACAGCGCGAUUGGUAAAUUAGUUGAACGUAAGAACAUUGGUAAAGUAGUAAUCGAACCAUUCCUCAAUUCGAAAACAGAGAAAGUGAAGAAAAAAAAAUCCAGCGCUACACCUGGUCGGCAAGAUUCAAGCUCAACAUCCGGUCCUGAUGACGACGAUGAUGACAAGGAUCCGGAGGAACUGCGUCAUAAUUCAUCAUCUAGUCAAUAA